CACUUCAGCUUGGGCAGUCAUAGUGACGGAAACGUACAUUUGCAAUGCUUGUGUCGUAAGACUUUUCCCUGGGAAUUAUUUACAGUGCAUAGCUGUGAAAUACAGCAAUGGCGUUUUCUUUUGUUUUAUCCCGAAGUCGUUUGCCAUGUCGGGUUAUAAAGCGGCAAUCUACUUUGUCAUCGACUUCUUAUUCGUCAAACCCGCUUUCGAUACCUGGCAAAUUAUGGACAUCAUCGCUCACACGUCGAAGUGACAAGUCCACUAAUUUCCCUAUCUUGGAUUUGUACCCUGACGUCCAACAACAAUCUCCAUUAACAUGGAAUUCCAGAACGACAUCACUUUCAUUGGAUCGUCGUCAUCCAGUCCGUUCAUUGACGAGAUCAUAUUCCACUGCAUACGCUACGGAGUCGAUCACCUAUCCAUCUAGCUGGAAAGCCUAUUCCGACGUCGAAAUCAAACGAAUUGAGUUGGCCUCAUCGAACGACAGACUGUGCAUAACAUGGAACGAUAGCAAUAGUACGACGUCGUCAUCUUCGUUGUCAUCAUCGUCAUCGUUUCCACUGAUAUGGCUUAGAGACAACUGUCGAUGUCCGGAGUGUUUUAGUGCUACAACGUUGAGUCGCAUCGCCCCUUUUAGAAAUAUAAAUGACAAUAGCAUUAAAGUCAACACGGUCUCGUUGGCCGACGAUUUAAAAUCUGUUAGCAUCAACUGGGGAGACGGUCACGUGAGCCAUUAUCCGGCAAGGUGGUUACGAUGUAACGCCUUCUCCGAGUCUGAACCGGACCCGCUAGCCGAUAUCCAACUCCAACUGUGGGACGCUUCGACGUGCCGUGAUCGUAUGCAAAAAUUCGACUUCAAUGACCUCCUGUCCGAUGACCGUGCAUUGUAUGACAUGUUGCUUGAAGUGAAGGUGCUCGGUAUAGCGUUGAUUGAGAAUACACCCCUCAGAUUUGGACAGCUUCACAGGCUAGGUGACAGAGUGGGCUUCCUUUUACCUAGCAAUUACGGUGAAACAUUUCAGGUCCAAAGUAAAGUAGGCGCCAGCAAUGCAGCCUACCUCGCAACGGAUCUACCGCUACACACAGACCUUACCUACUACAACAAUCAACCUGGGAUUCAGAUGCUUCACUGCAUACAGCAAGCCGAUCUUCAAGGGGGUGAGAACACCCUGGUUGAUGGGUUCAAGGUCGCCGAAGACAUCAUGAAGUCCUCGCCCGAUUCGUACGAUGUCCUCACGAAACAAAUCCUGGAGUUUUACGAUACUGGCACGGACAGCGUAGGAGAAUACUUCCAGCACUCCCGACAUUCUGUUCUCCGAUUGAAUGGGAAAAAUAAAGUUGACCAAGUAACUUUCAGCGAUCACGGACGGAGCGCAAUGACCCGGAUGCAAGUUGAUGACGUCAUCAAGACAUACAAAGCCCUGUCGUCUUUCACCGCCCGACUUUAUGCUCCUGAAAACGUCUUCGAAUACAAGAUGAAAGAUGGGGAAACGUUGAUCAUGGAUAAUUACCGAGUUCUUCACGGCCGAAAAUCGUUCACCAUGACUCCAGGUUCAGCUAGACAUCUUGAGGGAGGCUACUUUGAUUGGGAUACGGUCAUGUCUAAACUUCGGGUACUCAAGAAGAAUCUCGAUGCAAUGUAGUAGAUCGACGUCAUCGAGCCGCCAUCCUAGAGGCUGAAGCCAUUGCCUUGCAUGCGUUGGUGAAGCAGACCUGAGGUUGCACGGGCCUAACUACAACUGGCAGGCCAAAGAUAUUCAUUCUAGCCAACCCAUAGCUCAAUUUUUAAAUUUGAUAUUGCUGAUUGACAAAAAUGAAUGAACAUGACUGACAAUCUAACACUGAUUAUAGGGAGGGUACCUACUGAACUUCCUUUUUCCAAAUUGGACAGAUAUAUCACCACUAUGGAACUACAUUUUUACUGGCGGAAGAAUUAGGACCAUUUUACUCUCUCAAGUGAUGAAUUCGAUCCACUGAACUAGAAAUUCGUUCAGUGAUUCGAUCCCGUCAGGUGUAGUCUUCAUAAAUGCUGAUUUAUUUUUAAAAUGAGCCGGUCGAGGUACCCUUUUCUGGUCGGAUAUGGAAUGUCAGACAUUUAUCCUAUCCACUGGUAGUAAACAUUCAACCCUCGAAUUUCCUCAUUUUUUAUGAAUUUUUUUUAAGUACCACUUUAACACACGAGUCUAUGGGAAAUGAAUUAGCCCCUGUAGAGAUGAUCUGCAUCUCUAACAACUCCGUUUACGCGUAUUCCUAUAUCCUCUGAAGGAGGGCGCUAUAAGAUCAUGACGUCACAUAAGGUCAAUAUCCAGAUGGCUCCAGGAAGAGAAUGAUAAUGUUAUCAAACAUAAAAUGUUCGAAUCCCACCUAGGCCUAUAGCGUCCUUUGGCAAGAUGUCAAUCCACACUCUGCCACUCUCUAUUCAGGUGUUAAAUGGGUACCCUGCAUGGUAGGAUGCAAAAGCCUGGUAUGCCUUGCAAUGGAGUCUUGAAACAUGUCUCGGAAUCAUCCCCAGGGAGCGUCGUCAACAUUUAAAUAUUAACCAAGGUUAAGUUUUUUAAAUGUCAUCAUAACUUAGACAGUAUAUGAACCUAGUCCAUAAAACUUAAACAUAAGGGUAAUCAAGUAUUACUGAACAUCUUGCCUGAGUUUCAGGUCACAUGACUAAGGUCAAAGGUCAUUUAGGGUCAAUGAACUUAGACCAUGUUGGGGGAAUCAAUAUCGAAAUCUUAACCAAGAUUAAGUUUUUGAAAUGUCGUCAUAACUUCUAAAGCAGGGAUUCUCAAAUGGUGGCGCGCGCGCCACUUGUGGCGCACCGAGCCUUGCGGAGUGGCGCUCGGGAGCCGGUAUAAAAUAGAGUAAAAUUAAGGAAAAAUUGGGGAGAAAAAAUGUAUCUAUUAGUAACCUGGAAAUAAGGAUUAGGUGAUCAUUUUAAUACAAAGAGAAAACAAAAACUCUUUACUUGACACUUAAUUGCUAAUUGAUUUCCUCAGAGUUUGUCCAAUUUAGCACUCGAUAACCCCUGUUAUGGAGGAUCGAUGGUGUUCUCCUUUUUUAUUUGUUAUAUGCUGUACAAAGUUUAUGUCAAACACAAGUGAUCUGAAAACCCCGUUUGUAGGAUUUCUAUUUCAACGGCGAGAAAUUUUCCAUUUCCAGAGCAUACGUUUUGGUUAAGAGUUAAACAUCAAAUAGUAUGAUAUUCAAAGAACAUCCUGAUCAUAAAAGAUUAUGAAUAUGGGACAUAACAAGCUUUGUUUCCGGAGCUGAUUAAAAUCCGAAGUUGUAAAAGUGAAAUACAUUAUGCUCAGAUGUAUUGCCUGCCGUGAUUGCCUGCAUGCACUCUUGCUUAAUACGAAUUGAAUGAAUGAUACUGCACGUGAGUUGUAGAGAGAGAGGGGCAGUUUGGGGCGUUAGUGCAAUGAAACGCCUAAAUUUCAGCCCUUGCAAAAUCUAGGAACGUAACUUAUUCAGCCACUGGCGUACAGAUGGGGGUGGGGAUUGGGGGCCCCCAAGUGGUUCACGUCCAAGA